UUUUUUUAAGUUUUCAUAUACAACAGAUUUCGGGCGAAGUUAGCAUUUUCAAAAAACCAAAAAAGAAAGAAAACUGAAUGGCUGAUCUGCCACCUCAGCCGGAAUGGGGCGUCAAGCUCGCCAAGACCUUCCUUGUCCCACAAAGAUGGAUCCUGGCCAUUAUGGGUUUCUUUGCCAUAGUGAAUGCCUAUACCAUGCGAGUCUGUCUCUCCCAGGCCAUCACCGUGCUAGUGGUUCCAAGAAACUAUUCGAAUGUACCUCCGGAAGGGAUGUGUAAACCAGACGCAAACGAGGGUAAACCACCGAAAAGCGCUACAGGAACUUACGACUGGGAUCAGGAGAAGCAGGGCCUGAUCCUGGCCUCCUUCUACAUUGGAUAUAUUGUUACGCAUGUGCCUGGCGGCAUUCUGGCAGACAAGUUCGGCGGAAAGUGGACACUCAGCUUGGGCAUACUUGCCACUGCAAUAUUUACGCUCCUAACACCGGUGACCAUAGUGUAUUGCGGUCCCGAUGGCCUCAUCGUCCUCCGUGUACUGAUGGGACUUGGGGAGGGCACAACCUUUCCUGCUCUUAGUGUCCUGCUGGCAUCCUGGGUGCCGCAGAAAGAGCGUGGAAUGUUGGGCGCUCUCGUGCUUGGAGGCGGCCAGGUGGGCAGCAUUCUUGGUAAUUACGUUUCUGGCUUACUUUUAGCCGAGUUCGAUUGGCCGUGGGUGUUCUACUUCUUCGGUUUGUUGGCCAUUGUCUGGUUCAUUCUGUUCACGAUUUUAUGCUACAGUAGUCCCUCCACACAUCCGUGUAUCAAGCCAAAGGAGAGAUUCCUGCUAGAGCAGAUUCCCCUUAAGAAGAAUUUACCACGCACACCCUGGAAGGCGAUUUUCACCAACGUACCCAUGUGGGCACUGAUCAGCGCCCAAAUCGGUCACGACUGGGGCUUCUACAUCAUGGUCUCAUGCCUUCCCAAAUACAUGGCCGAUGUCAUGCGUUUCUCGAUCAAAAAGAACGGAUUGUACUCAUCGCUGCCCUAUGUUAUGAUGUGGGUCGUUUCCUUAUUGAGCGGCAUUGUGGCCGAUUGCAUGAUUAAUCGAAAGUGCAUGAGCAUUACGAAUACCCGGAUCAUGACGGGGAUAGCAGCCUUUGGUCCAGCUGUAUUAAUGGUUGGCGCUUCCUAUGCCGGCUGUAACCGCCUCCUGGUCGUGACCCUGUUCACCCUCUGCAUGGGUGUGAUGGGAACCUACUAUGCCGGAAUGAAGCUCACCCCACUGGACAUGAGUCCCAACUACGCCGGCGUCCUGAUGGCCAUAACCAACGGCAUCGGUUCUCUCACGGGGGUGAUCACCCCGUAUCUGGUGGGGGUUAUGACGCCGAAUACCACAAUGCUGGAGUGGCGUUUGGUCUUCUGGGUGGCCUUUGUGGUUCUGGUGGUCACGGCGAUAGUUUACUGCAUCUGGGCCUCUGGAGAUAUACAACGAUUCAACGACGGCACCAACUCGAACAAGAAGCCAGUGGAAGAAGCGAAGUAAUUAUACAUCAAGCCCAAGCUUUUACAAUGAGGUUUUUACUUUAAAUUAGUCGCAAUUGAUUUAGUCUUGUUUAGGAUUUAGGGUUGUAUAAAAUUAUAAGUAUGUGCAUCGCCCAAUUUGUACUGUA